AGGGUCAAUUAUCAUUUAUUGGCAAGAGUUUUACCGUUGAACUUGCUAAUGGCCUAGAGAAUAAACUUCUUAAGGAUUGUACUCCCUGGGAAUUGCUUAACCUAAAACCGACCACUGUAUUAGAUAUUCCUGAGCGACUUUUUCAAAAGUAUGGAAUAACAUCUCAGUUUUUACAAGCUUCUCUUAACGACUAUACAAUUCAAACUGUAGGCAAGGAUUAUUUAGAACAAAAAUUUGGUAUUACAAAACCAUCCUUAUAUUUUGCAAGUAGCACACAUCAUUAUUCGUGGCCUAAAGGUUGUGCAAUUGUUGGGAUUGGUUCCGGAAAUUUGAAAAGUAUACCAGUAGACGAUGCUGCACGAAUGGAUAUUAAAGAGCUUGAUAAAAAACUUGCAAAAUGUGUUAAAAAUCAACAAGCUGUUUAUGCUGUAGUUGCGAUCAUGGGAUCAACCGAACAAGGCGCUUGUGAUCCUUUGACCGAUAUCGUGGCCCUCCGAGAUCGAUAUCAACGCAGAUACGGACUUAGUUUUGCCAUUCAUGCAGAUGGUGCAUGGGGUGGAUAUUUUCGUACAAUGCUUGUAGAACCACCCAAUAAUUCUCCUAGUUUAGAUAGUCGUAGCAACGAACGUGAUACAUUAGUUCCAAUGUUAUCGUUGAAUCCUUAUACACAAAAACAUUUGUACAGCCUUAAAGAUUGUGACUCCAUUACUAUUGAUCCACACAAAAGUGGGUACAUCCCAUUUCCUGCCGGUGGUUUAUGUUAUCGAGAUCAGCGAAUGAGAUAUUUGGUCACAUGGACAAGUCCAGUUGUAACUCGUCCUAAAGAAGAAAGUAUUGGAAUUUAUGGCGUGGAAGGAAGCAAACCUGGUGCUGCUCCAGUAUCUGCUUGGCUUUCCCAUGAUGUUAUUGGUCUUCAUCAAAAAGGUUAUGGUGCAUUAUUAGGACAAGCAACUUUUACGUGCAGCAAGAUGUAUUGUCAUUGGGCUACAAUGUCAACUGAUAAAGAUAACUUUAUUGUU